AUGGCUGACCUUGACUCAACUUUUAUACCGGCACUACACAAGCCGGCAGCUCUCUUGCCUAUUGCCAAACAUCGAGAGAGUCUCUUAUACGUCAUCGAGGAGUUUCCCGUCACUAUUGUGAUUGGCCAGACGGGGUCAGGCAAAACGACUCAGAUCCCCCAGUUUCUUGAGAAGGCGGGCUGGUGUUCCGAUGGGAAGCUCAUAGGCAUCACGCAGCCUCGUCGGGUGGCAGCGACAACAGUGGCAGUCCGCGUCGCAGAAGAAGUCGGAUGUGAGGUCGGCAAGGAAGUGGGCUACUCGAUACGCUUCGAAGAUGUGACAUCACCAUCGACGCGGAUCAAAUUCCUCACAGACGGCCUCCUCAUCCGAGAGGCGCUGGUCGACCCUCUGCUGACCCGGUAUUCUGUCAUCAUGGUCGAUGAGGCGCACGAGCGGUCCAUCAGCACGGACAUUCUGCUGGGCCUGCUCAAGAAGAUCCGUAAGAAGCGACCGGAGCUGCGCAUAAUCAUCAGCAGCGCGACGCUGCAGGCCGAGGAGUUUCUCAGUUUUUUUACGUCUACUGGCAGCGGCAGCGACGAGAAGGAGGUCGACGGCAGCAAGGACGGGGGGGAUGAAUCACAGAGGCAGGAGAAGAAGACUGGCACCAUUGUCAGCCUGGAGGGGAGGACGUUCCCCAUAGACAUACUGUACCUCGAAUCGCCGGCGGAGGACUACGUGGAGAAAGCCAUCGACACCGUCAUCAACAUACACAGCCAGGAGGGACCCGGCGACAUCCUCGUGUUCCUCACGGGACGGGAGGAGAUCGACGAUGCCAUCCAGGCCGUGUCGGAGCGUCAGGCAACGUCUAGUACAUCGUCUACGCGGGAGCCGCUGCUGGCCCUGCCGCUGUACGCGGGCCUGACGACCGAGCAGCAGAUGUACGUCUUCGACAAGACGCCGCCGGGCACGCGCAAGGUGGUCUUCUCGACAAACAUAGCCGAGGCGUCGGUAACGAUCGAUGGCAUCGUCUACGUCAUCGACUGCGGCUUCGUCAAGCAGAGGGCGUACAGCCCGCGCACGGGGAUGGAGACGCUGACGGUGACGCCCGUGUCCAAGGCGUCGGCCGCGCAGCGUGCGGGGCGAGCCGGGCGCACCAGGCCAGGUAAGUGUUUCAGGCUCUACACGGAAGAAGGGGGGUACCGGUCGAGUCUGCCCGAGGCCAGCAUUCCGGAGAUGCAGCGGUCGAACCUCGCGCCCGUGAUCCUUCAGCUCAAGGCGCUGGGGAUAGACAAUGUCGCGCGGUUCGACUUCCUGUCGCCGCCGCCGGCGGAGCUCAUGUCGCGCGGGCUGGAGCUGCUGUACGCGCUGGGCGCGCUGGACGAGUACGCCAAGCUGACCCGGCCGCUGGGGGCGCGCAUGGCCGAGGUGGCGGUGGAGCCUAUGAUGGCCAAGACGCUCCUGUCGGCACCGGAGUUCGGGUGCACGGAGGAGAUGCUCACGAUCGCGGCCAUGACGAGCCUCGACAGCGGCAGCGGCAGCGUCUGGUUCCAGCACGACAGCGAUGGCGGGCGCUCCGACAUGGAGACGUCGCGGCGCCGGUUCGCCGUCGAGGAGGGCGACCACCUGACCCUGCUCAACGCCUAUCAGGCAUUCGUCACGAGGGGCAAGAAGGAGCGCAAGUUCUGUCACGAUAACAACCUCAACUACAAGUCCAUGAUGCGGGCCGUCAGCGUACGAGCCCAGCUAAGACGGUACCUGGAACGCUUCAAGCUGCUUCCCGGCACCGACGUGGGAGCCGGAUCCGCAGUCGCAGUCAGACACGAUCAUCAACAGGCCAAUCUACUACCAUCAAGGGAGAACGGCAGCAAGAACGGCGACGGCAACAACAGCAACAAUAAGAACGACAAUAGCCCAGCUCACAAGGCGGAGCAGAUAAGACGAUGUCUUACUGCGGGAUACUUUGCGCACGCGGCGCGGAUGCAAGCUGACGGCACGUUUCGGUGUGUGGCGGGAGGAGGGGGCGACGACAGUACGAGCGUGGUGCUGCACGCCCACCCAAGCUCCCUCAUGUUCAACCGCAAGGCCGACUGGGUCAUUUUCCACGAAGUCAUGGAGACGGGCGAUAAGACCUUCAUCAGGGACCUGAGCAAGAUUGAACAGAGCUGGUUGGUAGAGUAUGCCCCCGAGUUCUACCAAAUUUCGGGUAGUGGCACGGGCAGAUGA